AUCACGUGCUUCCGCGAUAAAUCAAUUCGCGUGAAACGCGCCUUCAACUUUCACUUCUAGGACAAGAACUCUCGCUGUUCUCCUUCAUCUGGAAAUCAUUUCCAUCUUAGAUGGCGAGCAUGACGCCAUGGCUCUUACCUCAAACGGAAGAGCUGGGCCGAUGGGUCGCGAAGGUUUGGCAAAUGUAUCGCUGAACAAUAAUAAUAACUAUGGACCGCCACCGUCAACUUUAGCCGCCCAGUUGGUGGAAAACAUAUCAGCUUCGACGCGCUCUUCUCGACCCGACGAGACGGCAGAAUUGAAGAGAUUCUUCGGCACUAUCGAAGAAGUAAAAAACCAGCCAGAUCUGCUAAAAACGCCAAAGCAGCGAAUGGACCAUAAUCACAUGCUGAUUUAUGUCUAUACUCGAGUCGUUUUAGAAGGCCUUAAGUGGGAUGAUCCUUUUGCUGAUAAGGGCCAGUUACGGGCCGAGGCAUCAAGGGCUGUGAACUUUCUGAAGAUCGCCAUUAGAGAGACCCCUGAAGUCCUCAUUGAAUCCGACUCAUCUUCCUUCCUAUUUCGUGGGAGCGAGCCUCUCUGGUUAUGGAUUUUCCCUAAGAUCGUGAAAAUGCUUGGGAAUAGUUAUUGCGCUGAUUUAAGGGACGAGAUAAACUCAUUCUUUCGCGAAAUUUUCCUGACAGCGUCAACUACGGGCCUUUUGUGGCUCGCCCUACCGCGGUUUCUCGAAUAUAUCAUGUCAAGCUUUAAUGCCAUUAUCAAUCACUUCAGAGAAUUGGCGGCCUCUGAUAAAAGGGACGUCUCUUUUCGCCUACAACUACCUCCGGAUUCGUUUUUCACAUCGAUAGCUUGUGGUGACUUGAAGCUAUUUCAGCAACAGUGUACUCAUGCUGUACCGUCGGCGUCACAGGCUUUGCAACAUGCCUCUGGACUCUUGUCGAUCAUGGCAAUUCCUCUAACACACCAACGUCCCGAAUUUGACACCAUAUCCACUUUCCAGGAGAAUAUACCAUGGCUACUUGAUGCCUACCUUUCUUUUCACAAGACUCAGACACGGUGGCAACACAUAUCCCCUAGCGUGCUCCCUGAUUUGUUACGGGACCUCGUGCAACUUAUUAAGGUGCAUGAGACCACUGAUGGCGCCGACAUAUCCAUCCAACGAAAAAUGUAUACCACCUUCAUUCUACUUUGUGUGGAAAUGUCGACUCAAUUUGUACCGGAACUUAUGGUUGACGGCCAAGAAAACCCAAACUAUCAAUUAUUUUGCAUUUCGCUUGUUAAGGUGUCCACACUUAGCAUGGAAUUUGAGCCAAUAUUGCGGCUUGUCAAGUCACUGCUAAUUCCGGUAUUAGAGAAACUGACAUGGGUCGAAGAUGAUGCUACCUCUGAAACUGACCUAUGGAGAUCCGUGGAGUUGGUUCGGAAAGUAGUCGCUGAGUCUAUGUCCGUAGAACCGAAAGUUAGGAUGCGGGCCGACAAAUUUUCUGACGAAAUCGUUCGCCAACAAGUUAAUAAGUUAGACAUAGACCCCACACCUUCUGACAUAAUGGAACGGUAUGAUCGAGAACGAAAGCGCAGGAGGGUUUCGAAAGUGUACCCGAUCGAGAUCAUACUAGAUCAUAUAUAUGAGCGGUUUCCAAUAGAAAAUCCGGAUUUUGUAUUCGUGAGCGUGGUAAAAUUUAUGGAGGAGAAAUACCAACAACUGUCCGAAGCCGAUCUUUGCCGGCUCAUCGAGCUCUUAGGUUAUACCUAUUGUGCUGCGGACGAUAACACAAUAUCAAUCCACGAAGGAAAGGAUAAAGUGUACGGGUUCGAUUGUCGGAUUUGCCGGGUUCCUCAUUCUUCGCUUGAACCACCGAGAGCCUUCGAUGAUGGAAUAAAGAAAUCUGUUGUGAAAAUCUUUACUUCACUAGUCAAGUCCCCUGGAUUCCUCGAAGCACAAAAGCCACGUGUAACUGCGAUGGUAGCUGUGAGACGCAUCGCAAAGCACUGCAGGGAUCCUUCACUCCUAGACAUAGAGGUUUCUGUAAUUGCCCAAUGGUGCUUAAAGUCCCUUCAAAGUUCUGUUAGAGAGCUUCGCAUUGCGGCUGGACGGACUAUCGCUGCAUUUCUCUGCGCAUCCAAUCGACCUCAAUUUUCGAAGGUUAUGCAAAAAAACUGUGGGAAUAUUCUUAACAUUCUCCGAUCACUUUCCGAGCAGAGCACGCCUCAACUCACAGAGACCUGUAUCAUGGCUUGGUCUCAAGUAGGAAGUGUCAUACCCGAAGGACAACUGAACCUCGUACUUAUCAAGCUGGUUGAAUACCUGGGCUCUGAGAGUAUGAUCACGUCUGCAGCAGCUUUCGCUGAGAUAUUAAGACUCGCUCGUUCCCGAGGCAUGACUACGAGGCAAUUCUUUGAGCCAUUCUGGAGAUAUCUCGCGUUUUCUGCCACUAAGGAUCUCUUGUCCCAGCCAAAGCUGACACGAUUAUUGGCAGAGUUAUUGGACAUGACCAUAGCGGAGUUUCUUGUACAUAUAGAGAAAUCCGCCUUGCCUUGGCUAGUACUCACGAAGAAGCGAGGUGUUAUCCAGAAAAUUGCCGAGGCGCGAAACGAGAAAGAAAUCUGGCAACCAUGUCUUGAUGAGGCUAAUCUAGGUCCGAUAUUGGCUCUCUUAUUAAUCCAGGAGGUACCUGAUGUCCAACAACAUUCUAUGGAGUUGCUGCGGCACGUAUCACCCCAUCUUAACAAGUCAGAAGGCCUUCUUGAGCUACUUCGAAUAGAGCCAAUUGGGACAACUUUGGAACUUCUAAUUACGGCUGGUGAUGCUGAGGAAGAUCGUAAACCUCAUAUCCGAAAUGUGCUAAAUAAGGUGGCUAGUAUGAUGUUAGCAGGGAGUGCGAAUGUGAAGCAGAAGAAAGUACAUGCUUCUGGUCCUUUCUUACAGAGAUACGCUCUAGCCAUUAUGGCAGGGCUAACCCAGGUCAUAAACGACAUAUCAAACAAAACCCCAACACAAAUACGGGAACGCUACAUCCGCGCGAUGGAGGAAAUGAUUCGGACUGGCAAGUAUUAUAUCCGAAUUGCUCGUCCUCAGAUUUCCGCAUGCCUUCAAGGCGCAAUACAAUACGACGAACUCCGAUCCGCCGCGUUUUCAUGUUGGGCUGCUAUGUUUCUUCAUAUGGGAGAUGUCGAAGCCCUUGUUGAAACAACAUUUUUCCUCAUUAGUAAUUACUGGUUUUCAUUUGACGAAGCAACUCAACAGCAAGCCAGGGAUUUGAUUGAGUCUCUUUUAACGAGUGACGACCACAUUCUAGAAUCGACUAUAAGCAAACUGCCAUCAUUCAGCCAUAUCAACAGUUUGUCUGACCUUGAAGCAAGGCUCAGUGAACUUCGUCAACCCGUUGACAGCAGAACAGCCUUUUCUCUGCUAGCAGAGAGAAUCCGGCAUGAAAAUGACGGGGUUGUCCUAUUAGCUUUAAGGGAGCUUUCAUCUUAUUUGCAGAGACAGCAAGGUUAUUUACAAGCAUCGGCCGUCAGCGAACAACCUGACUCGGUUGUACCUACUCUCGCUCGCUCGCUUCUCGAUUGCGCAUCACGAUUCAAUGGUAUCCAUAACGAAAUUAGCGACCUCUGUACUCGGUGCUUAGGUUUAAUGGGUUGUCUAGACCCUAAUCGCGUAGAAACGGUUCGUGCCGAGAAACAGAUUGUUGUGCGAAGCAACUUUGAGCAUUCCGGCGAAACUACGGACUUUGUCAUCCACUUGCUAGAGGAGGUAUUGGUCAAAUCGUUCCUUUCUGCAACAGAUACAAAACCGCAGGGCUUCCUCUCGUUUGCCAUGCAAGAGCUUCUAGACAGGUCUGAUAUUAAAGUUGCUGUCGAGCGGGAAGGUUUAAGAGAAGCCGGACCAGUAUAUCGAAAAUGGCUGUCGAUGUCGGUGACUGCCCGGGAGGUCCUAACACCGUUCCUAACCUCGAGGUACGUCGUCCAACCGAUGGCUCCGCAACAGAUAGAAUAUCCGCUAUUCCGACCCGGUAGGACUAAGUACGCCAAUUGGAUGCGGAGUUUUACUCUCGAUCUUAUGCGCAAACCCCAAACUCCCUUUGCAGGACUCAUAUUCGAUCCUCUAUGCCGAGUGAUCCGGAUCAAAGAUCUCUCAAUAGCCGAAUUCCUAUUCCCAUACGUAGUUCUUCAUAUUGUCGUUGGCGAGGACGCAACAGAGGAAUUACGCACUAAUGUGCUAAAUGAGUUACUUAACGUGCUCAAGCAUGAGGUUCCUGUUGAUGCGACAUAUGAAGAGAAGGAAAACCAAAAACUGUACUGUGAGGCUAUAUUCCGCUUCAUUGAUUAUGCGAUGCGGUGGCUACACUUAAAAAGGGGACAAACUAAUCUAAAUCCCCGAGAUAUCCUCGCUAUGGAUAAAAUACAAGCCGUGCUUGGCUCAAUCCCUUCUGAGCUAAUAUCCCAACGUGCCGUGGACUGUAAGGCCUACGCGCGUGCUCUAUUUCAUCUCGAACAGCAUAUCCGUCACGUGGAUGAGUUUGGUGUGGUGCCAGAUCCGAAAGCAAUAUACACCGAAGAGGAAAAUCCUCGCAAGCAGGCGAGACUGCUGCGGGAGAGAUUAUUCCAAAGACUUCAAGAUAUAUAUCCGCAAAUUGAUGAACCCGAUGGGCUCGAGGGUAUAUCUGCGCAUCAACGCAUACUCGAUGUUAACCAGCAGGUUCUGGGCCACCGGAAAGCCGGGCGAUGGGCGGCAGCACAGACUUGGUAUGAAAUCAAGCUGGCUGAAGACCCUGACAAUGCCGAGAUCCAAAUUGACUUAUUAACUUGUCUUAAGGAAUCGGGACAACACGAUGUUCUAUUGAAUUAUGUUGAAGGUAUCGAGAAGCAUACAGCUAACACAACAAUCAACCGGAUAGUGCCAUUUGCCGUAGAAGCCUCUUGGGCAACCGGAAGAUGGCAAACAAUGGAAAAAUUCAUCGCGAAGUAUCAGGGGGAUCGCACGGAAAACUUCAACGUGUCUAUUGCCCAAACCCUCCUUUACCUGCGAAAAGGAUGGACUAAGGAAUUCAUCGACGAAAUGAGGGUACUGAGGGAUAGGGUUAAUGUUUCGAUGAAUUUAUCAGUCACGUCAUCGUUACAUGCCUGCCACGAGUCGAUGCUGAAAUGCCAUGUGCUGACUGACCUAGAAUUAAUUGCUGGCAUCAACAACGACGGGAAUCAACAUCCUCAAGAAAUACUGAAGACUCUUGAUCGACGUCUCGAAGUACUUGGGUCAUACGUAAACGACAAGCAAUACGUGUUAAGUAUCCGACGGGCGGCAAUGGAGCUGAAAAGACCAAGAUUUGGUAACAUGGAUAUCUCAGCGCUCUGGUUAUCGAGUGCCCGACUUGCGAGAAAAAGCAAUUUGAUGCACCAGUCUUUUAACGCAGUACUCCACGCUUCCCAGCUUGGUGAUCAUUCGGCGACGAUCGAGAACGCAAGGCUUUUGUGGAAAGAAGGCCACAAUAGGAAGGCAAUUCAAGCUCUCCAAGGUGCUAUUGACACUGGGAAAUUUACUCACCGGAGUUUUGUUGAACAAGAUUCCUCGGAGAAGAACCUCGAAUCGCAACAAAACCUAUUGGCCGCACGCGCUCAGUUGCUUCUAGCAAAAUGGCUAGAUAGUGCAGGUCAAACACAUGCUAGUGCACUGCGAGAGCAUUACCGGAAUGUCCCUAAAAACUACGGCACUUGGGAAAAGGGUCAUUAUUAUCUCGGCCGACAUUACAAGAAAGUACUUGAGUCUGAAAGAGCGCUAAAGCCCGACGACCAGAGUGAUGAAUAUUUGACCGGUGAAACAGCCAAACUCGUAAUCGAAAAUUACAUCAGAUCAUUAAAUUAUGGGACUAAAUACCUCUAUCAGACCCUCCCUCGAAUCCUCACAUUGUGGCUUGAACUAGGCGCGCAGGUCAAUAAAGCACCCGAAGGGAAAAUGUCGAUUUCCAAAGAACUCCACUAUCGGCGUAAAACGCAGCUCGACUCGUUACACAAAUACCUCUCCAAAAGUAUCCAACGGUUGCCCGCAUACAUUUUCUACACGAAUUUGCCUCAAAUCGUAGCUCGCGUUGCUCAUCCGAAUACUGAAGUCUAUCUAUUACUAGAAGAUAUCAUUUUGAGAGUUGUCGAAGCUCACCCGAGACAAGCACUGUGGAGUUUAUUUGCUAUCAUGACCUCCCAGCAAAGGAAUCCGGAGCGAAGGGCUCGCGGCCAACAACUCUUGCAGAAGCUUAGAAGCAGGAGCACAAAAGCAGAGAAGGCGGAGAAGGGCACAUAUGACAUGAAGACCUUGCUACGUAUGGGAGAGAAAUUGGCUGAGCAAUUACUCAUGGCCUGUAAUAAUGGAGAUUUCCAGAGCAACAGGUCAACAAUUGCAAGCAUCACACGCGACUUACAUUUCAACCAUAAGUGUACGCCGUGUCCCUUGGUCGUCCCGAUCGAGGCAUGUCUCACGGCUACACUCCCUACUCUCACUGAUAACGUCAGAAAGCACAAGGCGUUUUCGCGAGACGUUAUUCAGGUCCAAGCAUUUUUGGACGAAGUUUUGGUAUUGGGCUCUCUAGCAAAACCUCGGAAACUCACAGCCCGUGGGUCAAACGGGGUAAAUUACGGUCUCCUGAUUAAACCAAAGGAUGAUCUUCGGACGGACCAACGUCUUAUGGAGUUCAACAGUAUGAUCAACCGAUCACUGAAGCGAGAUGCUGAGUCUAGUAAGAGACAACUCUACAUAAAGACAUAUGCAGUGACACCCCUGAAUGAGGAGUGCGGUAUCAUCGAAUGGGUCGACGGGCUCAAAACACUUCGAGAUAUCCUCCUUAACAUCUAUCGAUCUCGUGGGAUUGUUCCUAAUUAUCAACAACUCCAGUCGAUGAUGAAAGACGCCGCAUUAGGUGGAAAUAAUAUUUCUAUAUUUACGGCAAAGAUACUGAAGAUGUUCCCUCCGGUGCUUCCGAACUGGUUCAUCUCGCAAUUCCCGAACCCUUCAACUUGGUUCACGGCUCGGUUGAGAUAUACAAGAUCAUGCGCUGUCAUGUCCAUGGUGGGGACGAUCCUGGGGCUUGGUGAUAGGCAUGGUGAGAACGUACUCCUUGAAGAAGGCAAUGGCGGAGUGUUCCACGUCGAUUUCAACUGUCUCUUUGAUAAGGGGCUUACGUUCGCACAACCCGAGCGAGUACCGUUCCGCCUAACCCACAACAUGGUGGCAGCAAUGGGAAUCUACGGAUACGAGGGCCCUUUUAGGAAGUGUUCGGAGUUGACAUUGAGUAUCCUAAGGCAGCAGGAGGAAACAUUGAUGACAAUUUUAGAGGCAUUUAUUUACGACCCGACCUUGGAUUUGCAGCGAGACAAACGUAGGAAGAAUGAGGCAGUCAAACUCAACCCCCAAAGCGUUGUGGACAGUAUUAAGAGGAAAGUUAGGGGUUUACUACCGGAUGAGAGCAUCCCCCUAGGAGUUGAAGGACAGGUGGAAGAACUAAUCAAACAGGCUGUCGAUCCAAAGAACCUCACUUCUAUGUACAUCGGCUGGUGUCCUUUUCUAUAAGACCAAAGGCCGAGGACGCGAUAGAAUAUUUAAGGCUAGGACGGAAAUUUGGAGCUUGGUAUGAGGCACGAAAAAUGCAUUUGGGAUGAAAGAGGCGCAUCUACAUACCUAAACUGUCUAAAUCGGAUGAAAACCUAGAUAAAAAGAAUAAAACAUGGAUAUUCGUAAAAAUCUGAAGAUUUUUCAUCUAAAAGACGAUCGUUUCCUCUGGAAAUAUGCGCAAAUCAUACGGAUCCAACAUUGACGAUCAAGCAAGG